AGAGAGAGAGAGAGGAAAAGAGAGAAGACCAAACCAAGAAAACUCUCAAAAGGAAAAAGAGGGAGCUGGAAUCACAUGGGCUUGUUCUUCUUCUUGUCUCUCUCUAUCUCUCUCUUUCCAUCGCCUGCCUCAUCCUCCUCCUCCUUCUCCUCCUCCUCCUCUCCUCUAUCGGCUAUCGCCACACUAUGAUCUCUCUAUCUGACUAAGAAAACUACUGACUCCAUCUCUUUCUGUCUCUAACCAUGGCUGAUGAUAAGGAAAUGUCUGCGCGAGUUGUGGAUGGGAAUGAUCCAGUCACAGGUCACAUCAUAUCCACCACGAUAGGAGGUAAAAAUGGAGAACCUAAGCAGACCAUCAGUUACAUGGCAGAGCGCGUAGUGGGGACUGGGUCGUUUGGCAUCGUUUUUCAGGCCAAGUGCUUGGAAACUGGGGAGACUGUAGCGAUAAAGAAGGUUUUGCAGGACAAAAGAUACAAGAACCGAGAACUGCAGCUGAUGCGAGUGAUGGAUCAUCCUAAUGUGAUUUCUUUGAAGCAUUGUUUCUUUUCGACCACUAAUAACAAUGAACUCUUUCUGAACUUGGUCAUGGAAUAUGUUCCGGAGAGCAUGUAUAGGGUUUUGAAGCAUUACAGCAAUGCAAAACAGACAAUGCCACUCGUCUAUGUGAAACUUUACAUGUAUCAGAUUUUCAGGGGACUCGCGUAUAUCCACACUGUUCCUGGGGUUUGCCAUCGGGAUUUGAAACCUCAAAAUAUUUUGGUAGAUCCCCUCACUCACCAAGUUAAGCUCUGUGAUUUUGGAAGUGCAAAAGUGCUGGUGAAAGGUGAAGCAAAUAUAUCAUACAUAUGUUCUCGGUUCUAUCGGGCUCCAGAACUUAUAUUUGGUGCCACAGAAUAUACAACCUCAAUUGAUAUAUGGUCUGCUGGUUGUGUUCUUGCUGAGCUUCUUCUGGGCCAGCCAUUGUUUCCUGGAGAAAAUGCAGUGGAUCAGCUUGUAGAGAUCAUUAAGGUGCUUGGCACACCAACCCGAGAAGAAAUUCGCUGUAUGAACCCAAAUUACACUGAUUUUAGGUUUCCGCAGAUAAAAGCACACCCGUGGCACAAGGUCUUCCACAAAAGGAUGCCUCCAGAGGCAAUUGAUCUUGCUUCACGCCUGCUGCAAUACUCACCAAGUUUACGAUGCACAGCGCUAGAAGCAUGUGCACACCCUUUCUUUGAUGAGCUCCGAGAACCCAAUGCUCGCCUGCCGAAUGGCCGUCCCUUACCACCACUCUUCAACUUUAGACAGGAAUUAAAUGGGGCAUCUCCCGAGCUUGUUAACAAGCUGAUACCGGAUCAUGUUAAAAGGCAAAUGGGUCUAAACUUUUUGCAGUUGGCUGGGACAUCAUAAAAUACAAGUGAUAAUAUAAUUGAUAUUUAGCCAGUUCUAUUGAUGCGAAGGAGUUCCAUCUUUUGUGUUUGAUCAUCAAGCGUUGAGCUCUGACAAGCAACCUAUCUGGACAACGUACAGAAUCAGGCGGCUGGAUGGCUGCACCUUCUUGAUGUUAUAUUCUCCACGUUUUUCUCAUAUCUUAUCAUCCCCUUUCCUUGCUCGAAAGCCAUUUUGUUUAUGUACAUGUUUGAAAGUAAAGAUAGCCUGAGAUGGACUUAUAGCUGCUAGCAGAAGUAAAAAGCUUGAGAAAGUGUUAUGCGUAGCUAGGAAGAAGGCCCGUAAUAGAAAGCCCAGAAAAAAAGGAGGGGUUGGGCAUGUCGUUGGAUGUUGGGUUUGGUUUACUUGCUGUGUUGUUUUGUAUUAGUUUUUUGAUGACUCUGUGGUAUGGUGGCUGACUUUUAAGCAGACAAUUGUCAUCACUGGCUGAUUGUGCAAAGUAAUGUUAUCGGUUUCUCUUGUAGUACCA